ACGAAGUCCGAAAACCUUCAAGAUUCCAUGGGAUUGAAGCUUUCUUGCAUCCAUCAAGGCAGCCUCUGGCGGCAGGCGCACCAACCGGCCACGCCGGCGCCGGCCCGGCUCAUCGCCGCCGACGGCUCGCUGAAGGAGCUCCCGGCCUCCUCUUCUCCCCGCGUCUCCGACGUGCUCGGCCGCAGCGGCGACGCGGCGCAGUCGCUCUUCGUGUGCAACUCCGACGCGCUCUACUUCAACGGGCACCCGCCGGCGCUGGCCCCCGGCGACCUGCUCCGGCCGGGGCAGAUAUACUUCGUGCUCCCGGAGGCCAUGCUCGAGAAGCCGCUGUCGACGGCCGACAUGGCCGCGCUGGCCGUGCGCGCGAGCGCGGCGCUGGCGUCCAGCACCAAGCGGCGGAGUCACGGGCGGCGCCGCUGUGCCCUUGGCAGCGGCGGCGGCAAGAAGAAGGCCGUGCGCGUCAUGCCGGUGCGCGAGGAGAUGGACGAAGGCGGCGAGGACGACGUCCUCUUCAACGAGAAGCUCAACCAGCAGACGCUGGGGGAGUUCGGGGUGCCGCUGAGCCCAGCGAGGAGGGACGAGAAGCUCGCCGCGGCGGCGGCGACGUCGCGGCUGAAGCGGGCGCUGAGCAUCAUCCAAGAAGAAUAUGCCUAGUGAAUGAAGCAAUAGUCUCUGAUGUGGUCUCGGUUUUCUUCUCUCUUUUUUUUUGUUCUUUGUAGAAAUCAUUCUUUCGUUAGACUAAAAUGUUGUAGGAAGAGCAUACAAAUUGUAUGGUCUGCAAACCUGUACAUGAUUCGUAGUUGCAAAACUACAGGAAUUAGUGUAAAAACGAUUCGUUGAUUUUUA